GGCCGCCGGGACCCGCUUCCGGAUCGGGCGUCGUGCGUGACCCAUAGGCGUCACUGCCGAGGAAGCCGCUCGGUGGCGAGGGCGCGCGGCUAUCGCACACGAUGGCGGGAGGAGGCGGGAGCAGCGGCGGCAACGGGCGGUCGUCCGGCCGCCGAGCGUCUCGCAGCGGCGGGCGGGCCAGACGUGGGCGCCACGAAAUGGGCCUGGGGGGCGCCGCGGGGCGGGGCGCGGGGGAGGCUAGGUUGGAGGCAGCGGUCAACCGCUGGGUUCUCAAGUUCUACUUCCACGAGGCGUUGCGGGCCUUUCGGGGUAGCCGGUAUGGGGACUUCAGGCAGAUCCGGGACAUCAUGCAGGCUUUGCUUGUCAGGCCCUUGGGGAAGGAGCAUACCGUAUCCCGGCUGCUGCGGGUUAUGCAGUGUCUAUCGCGCAUUGAAGAAGGGGAAAAUUUAGACUGUUCCUUUGAUAUGGAGGCUGAGCUCACACCACUGGAAUCAGCUAUCAAUGUGCUGGAGAUGAUUAAAACGGAAUUUACUCUGACAGAGACAGUGAUCGAGUCCAGUAGAAAACUGGUCAAGGAGGCUGCUGUCAUUAUUUGUAUCAAAAACAAAGAAUUCGAAAAGGCUUCAAAAAUUUUGAAAAAACAUAUGUCCAAGGACCCCACUACUCAGAAGCUGAGAAAUGAUCUCCUGAACAUUAUCCGUGAAAAGAAUGUGACCCACCCUGUGAUCCAGAACUUUUCCUACGAGAUUUUCCAGCAGAAGAUGCUACGCUUCCUGGAGAGCCACUUGGAUCAGUCGGAGCCCUACCUCCUCACGAUGGCCAAAAAGGCUAUGAAAUCUGAGUCUGCUGCCUCAAGCACAGUGAGGGAAGAUAAACAGUCAACUCCAGAGUCUAUGGAAAAGCCACCCAGAGAAACCACAAGACAGCUACAGAAUACUCCAACACCCACUAUUGGGUUUAUGACUCUGAAGGCAGCUUUCAAGGCUCUGUCCAGUGUAAAGGAUACUGAGGCAGCCUUCUCAAAACUGGACCAGAAGGAUUUGGUACUUCCUAACCAAGCAUCCCAAUCAUCCCAAGCAUUCAAAAACAAAAGACAGAGAAAACAUGAAGACAGCUCAGCCACUACUGAGGGUGACUCUGAACUGCAGCCCAAGGCCAAGCGCAUGACAAUAAGCAGAUUGGUUUUGGAGGAGGAUAGCCAGAGUACCCAGCCCAGUACAGCCCUCAACAGUUCCCAAGAGGUUGUUCCAGUGCCACUAACCAAGUCCACCGCUCUCAACCAGCCUCUCACCAGGGAGAAGACUCUCAAAGUACCAGCAGGCAAAUGGACCAACUCUAAUGGGGUUGAAGAAAAAGACACUUGGCUGGAAGAGGACGAACUAUUUCAAGUUCAGGCAGCACCAGAGGAAGAGACUAUAACCAGCAUUGCAAAAAGACAGAAGUGGACUGUAGAAGAAAGUGAGUGGAUCAAGGUUGGAGUGCAGAAAUACGGAGAAGGAAACUGGGCUGCCAUUUCCAAAAAUUACCCAUUUGUUAACCGAACAGCUGUGAUGAUUAAGGAUCGCUGGCGGACCAUGAAAAAACUUGGCAUGAACUGAAACAGACUAUCAUUUCCACAACAUUUACAGGAGCACAGUUCCUAAUAAUAGCCCCUG